AUGCUGCAAGACCCGCUAAGAAUGACGUAUGAUUGGGCCGACUCCAGGCCGAGAAUCAAAUAUAUAAUGAGCUAUCAUUAUCACGAAGUGAUAACGGCAGUCGAUUGUUAUUCUCAACUAAGGAGCUCCUUACUCUAAAUAAGAUUAUACACAAAUAGUUUACCCACGCGCUUCGUAUGAAGCACAUUGGAUCUGUGGCUCAUUAUAUUUACCAAUUAAUUUAGUAUAAUUAUAAUAGGAAAAUGUUACAUAAAUCGGCUGCGCUGCGCUCGAAGCGCAUACAUCACAUGGCAUACUAUUCGACAGCAAAUAAGUCACGGAAAGUAAUAGCCAUCCGACGCGAAGACCAGUCAGUAUGGGAGCGGCGGGCGCCAUUCGCUCCGUUAAACGUGAAUCGCUUCGUGCGGAACGGAGUCAAGGUCAUCGUACAGCCCUCCAACAGGCGCGCUUACCCCAUGCAGUCCUACAUAAGCGCUGGCGCAGUGAUCCAAGAAGACAUCAGCGAAGCCAACGUGAUCUUCGGCGUGAAGCAGACCCCCAUAGACCUCCUCAUCCCGAACAAGACUUACUGCUUCUUUUCGCACACCAUCAAGGCACAGGAAGCUAAUAUGCCCAUGCUGGAUGCCAUUUUGGCUAAGAACAUCAGACUGAUAGACUACGAAAAGCUGAUGGACGAUGCAGGCAACCGGGUGGUAGCGUUCGGCAAGUACGCGGGCGUCGCGGGCAUGAUCAACAUACUACAUGGACUGGGGCUGCGACUGCUGGCGCUGGGGCACCACACACCCUUCAUGCACAUUGGACCAGCGCACAACUACCGCAACUCCAGCAUGGCGCGGCAAGCCAUCAGAGACGCCGGGUACGAGGUGGCGCUCGGCAUGAUGCCUAAAUCACUGGGACCGCUGACGUUCGUGUUUACCGGCUCAGGAAACGUUUCCCAGGGAAGUCAAGAAAUAUUCUCAGAGUUACCUCACGAAUACGUUCCACCGGAAAUGCUCAGAAAAGUAGCGGAACACGGAAGUCCAAACAAGAUCUACGGGUGCGAGGUGCGCCGGCGGCACCAUUUGGAGAGGAAAAAUGGCGGCGGUUACGAUGCGCAGGAGUAUGAAGAACACCCUGAGCGAUACAUCUCUACCUUCGCGCAAAAGAUAGCGCCAUACACGUCUGUCCUGGUGAACUGCAUCUACUGGGCGGUGGACAGCCCCAAGCUGCUGACCAUCCCCGACGCCAAGCACCUCCUCAUCCCCUCCAACACGCCCUGGCUGCCCAAGAGCAUUGGCGCCCCCGCUCUGCCGCACCGAAUGCUGGCCAUUUGCGACAUCUCAGCGGAUCCAGGCGGUUCCAUCGAGUUCAUGAACGAGUGCACCACCAUCGACACGCCCUUCUGUCUGUAUGACGCCGAUCGGAAUAAGGACACUAAAAGUUUCAAGGGCCCCGGCGUGCUGGUGUGCUCCAUCGACAACAUGCCGACGCAGCUGCCGCGCGAGUCCACGGACUUCUUCGGAGACCUGCUCUUCCCCUACGCCGAGGACAUCAUGAAGUCUGAUGCUUCGCGGCCCUUGGAGGAACACAACUUCUCGCCCGUCGUUCAAGGAGCCAUAAUCACGAGUAACGGCACACUGACGCCGCCUUUCGAAUACAUUAACGAAUUGCGAUCAUCAAACAAUCGAUCGCGCCACAAGGUGGAAGGCAACGACCAGCAGAACUCGGUGGUCAUCCUGGGCAGUGGACUGGUGUCAGCUCCCGUGGUCGAGUACCUCGCGAAGGAGAAAAAUAUCUCUGUUACUAUCGCGUCUCAAGUAAAGGAGGAGGCGGAUGCGCUAGCUGAGCGCUACGGCGUGCGCUCCGCGUUCCUGCAGGCCGACGACGACGCGGCGCUCCGCGCCAUGGUGUCGCGCGCGCGGCUCGUGGUGUCCCUGUUGCCGUACGAACUGCACGGGGCCGCCGCGAGAGCCGCCAUCGAAGCCGGAGCGCAUAUGGUCACGGCGUCUUAUGUGAGGCCUGAGGUGCAGGAGUUACAUAGCCGUGCUAAGGAGGCCGGAGUGACGAUCCUCAACGAAGUCGGCCUGGACCCCGGCAUCGACCAUCUCCUGGCUCUCGAGUGCAUCCACGACGUCCAGAACCAUGGCGGAAGAGUCGACUCCUUCGUCUCUUACUGCGGAGGUCUGCCGGCGCCCGAGUUCAGUGACAACGCUCUGAGGUACAAGUUCUCAUGGAACCCGCGAGGCGUGCUGCUCAACACAAUCUCCGCGGCUAAAUACUUGAGCAGAGGACAGGUAGUGGAGGUCCUCAGCGGCGGCGAGCUGAUGUCCGUAGCUCGCGAACUAGACUUCCUACCCGGCUUCGCCUUCGAGGGCUUCCCGAACCGAGACAGCACGCAGUACGCCAAGCUGUACGGCAUCGAGGACGCACACACCAUCUUCAGAGGCACCAUCCGCUACAGAGGUUUCGCUGAAACAAUGAUCGCUAUGCAGCUGUUCGGUUUGGUGGACCCGAACCCGCACCCCUCACUCCAUCCAGAAGGACCUGAAAUUACUUGGCGUCAAUUCGCCUGCGAGCUGCUAGGCCUCACCGACUCGUCCAUCUUCUAUGAGAACCUGAAGACGCGCCUCACGGAGCGCAUCGGCGGCGCCGGCGCGGCCGGGCUCGAGUCUCUGGGGCUUCUCGAGGAUAGCGUUAUUGUCAAGAGGAACACGCCGCUCGACACUGUCAGCCAUUACUUGACUAACAAGUUGAAAUUAGGCGGCGACGAGACAGACUUCGUGGUGCUUCGGCAUGAAGUUGGCGUGACAUGGCGAGACGGGCGCAAGGAGAGGCGAGAGGUCACCAUGACAGUUCGUGGCGAUCCGUCGGGAUACACGGCUAUGGCGCGCACCGUCGGGCUGCCCACUGCCAUUGCCGCCAAGAUGAUCAUAGACGGUGAAAUUCAAGAGCGUGGCGUUGUGCUUCCCUUCGCACCGGUAGUCUACAAGUCGCUGCUGUCGCGGCUGCGCGCGCAUGGCGUCACAGCUCGCGAGAUAUGCCGCCCGCUCAACUAAACAUCAUAUGUUAGAGCGGGAUAGCAGCAUGUGUUGUGCUUCCCUUCGCACCGGUAGUCUACAAGUCGCUGCUGUCGCGGCUGCGCGCGCAUGGCGUCACAGCUCGCGCGAUAUGCCGACCGCUCAACUAAACAUCAUAUGUUAGAGCGGG